GAAAACUUCUCGAAAAUUAUUUUAGUUGUCCGAGUCGUCGAGUGCAGUCGUGUGGAAGUUAUACGGAGAAGCCAGCGGGAAAGAAUCAGGUGCAGGCAGGGUGAUCAGCGGGCAGAGGAAGUCCAAAUCGUGAAUCAAUUCUCAUAAUUAUUGGCCAAGACGGAGCACAGGCUGGACAGUCAUUCCGGGAGCGACUUCCACUGCCAAUGCAAUUUGCACUGAAAUCGAAAUCCGAAAUUGCACAAUCCGUUUGGUCUGCUCCGCUGGUUACAUAACUCGCAGCAUUGGCCAAGAUUUAAAGUUGAUAAUUAUCCGAACGAAGCGGCAAAUCGACGGAGAAAUCCCCUCUGGCCGUUGCGCAAAAUGUACACGACGCUCGUUUAAAAGCCGGCAAGCCACAAAUACGAGUAAUAUUUUUGCACGGGUGCAAUUUUGACAGGAAAAGGAACAACGGAAAACAAGCAAAUGAACAAAUGAACAAAAGAACAAAGCAACAAAAAGAACAGCGAUAAAAGUUUUGCAACCAAAAGAGCAAACGAGAGAAUAGACAAGGCAAGAGAGGAGAGAGGAGAGGAGAGCUGAAGCGCCCGCAGGCAAGAGCACAACAUUUAUAAAUAAAAUCAAAUCAGCAGCGCCACGAAGAGAGUGGAAGGCAGCAACAACAACAACAAAACGAGAGAGAUAGAGCGAACGAGAGGGUAAACAAGAUAGAGAGGAGAACGUACAUAAAGGAGGAGCAAAAUGCCGGAGCAAUUGGGUCUGCAGUGGUCGACGCCGGAGUCAAAGAAGAAUGCGCCCAUUAUCAAGAUGUCCUGCGGCAUCGGGGACACAGAUGGCUUUCCCGCCUUCGAUGUCGAUUCGGAGGCGUAUGCCUCCAAGGAUGACACCAAAUGGGGUUUCCUGGUAACCGGCGGCGCCGAGUUCCACAUGCCGCUAACAGUGUUCCAGGUAACACCCGAUGGUCUGGCUGACAAGGCGGGCAUACGUCUGGGCGACAUUAUACUGCAGAUAAACGAAGAGGACGCCACGCAGCUGACGCUGAACCAGGCACACGAGAAAAUCAACGCAACGCCCAAGAAGAUACAUUUCCUGCUGCGCAACAUGGAGGAGGACGAUCCCAUGGGCCAGUUUGAGGCCGGCGAGGAGAAGUCGAUUGUAAUGCGAGUGCCAAAGCCCAUGCCGCCGCCCAGUGAACGCAUUGUGGCCAGCACCAUCGAGAUGCGCCUGCUGGAGAUGCAGCGUAAGCUGUCGGCCAUUGCCAGAAUACCAAAAAUUCUCUCCUCCACCCUGGCCACGGUGUCGCAGAGCUUUGGCAGAAUGAGCGAGGAGGAGGCACAGGAACAGGCCGCGGCCUACAUACAGCGAAAGUGCUCCUACGACGAGGAUGCUCUCGACUACGAGCUAAGGGAUGGGGGAGACGACGACGAAGACGAAGACCUGAUGGGUGACACUGACACGGACAGGGAAACAGACACGGAGGGUGUUGACAGUGAUGAGAAUGAUUUGGUACAGGUAAAGGCAAAGGCACAGGCACUGGGUGGUGUGAAGCAAUCAAAGCUGCUGAAGGAUGUCACCCCUGAAUCGGAUUAUGCAUCGGAAGCCAAUUACCCGACAAAUGAGGGAAGUGAUGCCGAUGCCAGCGAUGACUCAGAGACGGAGAGUGCGCCGGCUGGGAGUGCGGUGUUCUUCAUGAAACUGCCCGCAGCAUCAGUCGAAGAUGCCAACUCCUAUCCCUCCAGCGACGAGGAUGACAGCGACUUUUUGAGCACCACUUACACCUGGAACAUCCGCAAUGUGCCCAAGCUGCGUAUCAACGAUGAGGCUGAAACCGAUGCCGAACUAAGGCCGCAGCAGGAGGAGGAGCUGAAAUCUGUGGCAGACAUACCAAAGGUGCGUCCUGCCACACCCACACCUCAGGCACCGUCGCAGGAGUCGGCCGGGGGUCAGACACAAAAGUUGCUCUUCAAACUGGACAAGCUGGAGCGCUCCUGGCCCUGGGCAGACCGUGAGAGAAUCAUAUACAAGCAAUCCACAUGCCACUUGGUGCCCCGCAAGCCGCUGGGACUGGUCGGACAGCGCAUGCAGCUGCUUCUCAAGGCCAAGAAGCAGUAGUCCGGACUCUGGAGUGCUAACAGAUACCGACACUAGUUUAAGUUCAAAAGGCACAGCGCAGAGAUUGGAGGAACUGGAGGAGCCAACUUUUAAUUGAGUUCAUUAUGAAGCAGCACCAACAGCGGCAGCCUCGACUGAGGCACUUCAAUUAACUGGCACACACUCACCACAGGGCGUAUGUGCAACAACUGUAUGCAAACUUGUUCGCUUUUGCUACACAAACACACACUCCGCUUCACCCGUGUCGAUUUUGUAAUUAAAGUGCACUCCCAGAUGCUCAAAAAA